GCAAAUCAAAUCAUGUCAUAGUCCGAGAACACGCAUCGACGCAACCUACUGCCCGAGAAAACAACCGCUGUCGGCUCCAGAUCUGCGCAUUCCCAGGCCAAUUCCACUUAUUACUCCUCUCUUCUUCUUCUUCUUCUUCUUGUGUCUCGGAUACCAUCCAUUCGUUUUUGCUGUUAUCAUCGCCAUAGGAAUGGAGUCGGAGCAGCGGCGGAAGCGAAAGCGCACCUCCACCAAGCCCUACUCGGCCUCCUCCCAGUUGUUCUCCAUCAGAUCCCUCGUCCUCUGCCUCUCCUUCUUCGUCUUCGUCCUCUUCCUGUCCUCCGACCGCAGCCUCACCGUCUCCACCGCCUCCUUCCGCCCCGUCCUCAGCUCCUCCACCUUGUCGCUUUUGUCUUCUUCCGCCAGCCGCUCCAUUCUCGAUUCCCUCCACCACCGCCGCCCGCUCUCGUCGGCGCCGCGGGUCGAGGACCGGGUCCUGUUUCCCGACCAUGUGCUGCUCCUCGUGUCCGGCGGAGUCGGACCCAGCGAGGACCUGGAGUGCGUCUACUACGCUCUGGCUUCGGAUGGGUCCGAUUGGCAUGCCGAGGCUGCGAUGUCCGCUGAUGUUUACAAUGAGCAUAGGUCGAUCGUCAGGUGUCCGCUCCCGCCGGCGAAUUUCUCAGCUGCCGAGGUGGAUUUGCACAGGUGCGGCGGCACUCCGGCGCACGGUGGGAAAAGAGUGCGGUCCAAUGGGACAGCGGCAGUCCAGGCGUGGGACAAGGUUGUGUAUGAGGCUGAGCUGGACGGAGAGACCGCGGUGGUGUUUGUGAAGGGGCUGAAUCUGAGGCCACACAGGAGAUCCGUCCCGGCGAAAUUCAGCUGCCAUUUCGGGUGGGGCAGCUGGGACAAGGAUGAGACUUCUGUGCUAACGACCAAGGCUCUCUCGGCAGCGCAGGAGGUGAUCAGGUGUUCGCUGCCACGGAGCAUUCGGAGCAAACCAAUCAAAGCUCAGGGGGUUCGGGUCACUAUCGGGUUGCCCUCUAAUUUCCACACGCACGGCAGGUCCUCGGUUCACGUUCCCAUGCCUUCCGUGGCCAGGAUUUACAGUUCCAAGGGGAUUAGUGAGGAAGUGGGAAGGAAGAAGAUGAUGAAGCACGAGCUCUGCGCUUGUACCAUGGUUUGGAACCAAGCAGCAUCAUUGCGGGAGUGGAUAAUGUACCACGCCUGGCUCGGCAUUGAGCGCUGGUUCAUCUACGACAAUAACAGCGACGACGCUAUCAAGGAAGUGAUCGAAGAGCUCGACUCUCAGAACUACAACGUGAGCAGGCAGAGCUGGCCGUGGAUAAAGACCCAAGAAGCCGGGUUCUCGCAUUGCGUGCUGAGGGCGAGGGAUGAGUGCAAUUGGGUGGGAUUCUUCGACGUCGACGAGUUCUUCUAUUUCCCAUUCCCAAGCAACCACCGCAGGGGACUCGGCAUCCCUGGCAAAGACAUGCUGAGGGCCAUGGUCGCCAACUUCUCGAGCUCAUCCCCGAUAAUCGCGGAGAUAAGGACAGCUUGCCACAGCUUCGGGCCGUCAGGGUUGACCUCACCGCCUCGACAUGGAGUGACGGUCGGGUACACCUGUAGGCUGCAGCAGCCAGAGCGGCACAAGUCUAUCGUGCGGCCCGACACGCUCGAUCCAACCCUCCUCAAUGAAGUGCACCAUUUCAGGUUGAAGGAAGGGUUCAGGUACUUGAAUGCGCCGGAGAGCAUUGCGGUGAUCAACCACUACAAGUACCAGGUGUGGGAGACGUUUAGUACCAAGUUCUUCCGAAGGGUCGCCACAUACGUGGUGGAUUGGCAGGAGGAUCAGAACAAGGGCUCUAAGGACAGGGCACCGGGGCUCGGGACGGAGGCCAUCGAGCCUACCAACUGGAGACUGCAGUUCUGUGAGGUUUGGGACACAGGGUUGAGAGACUUUGUUCUGGCUAACUUUGCUCAUCCUGCAUCCAGUAUGCUGCCAUGGGAGAGGUCUUCACCCACGAGGUGACAAGAAGUACAUUCGAGUUCAUACACAGAUUACUUGCCUGCCUUUGUAAAACACAGAUACACUAUACAGAGAACCAAUUCUUUUUUUGUUGAUUCAUUUUUUUUUGGGACCCCGUCCUUUUGCAUCUGACCUUUCUUUCUUCCUGCCAUGAAUAUGCAAUGGUAGAUCAUAGGGAUCUCACACAGAUGUAAUAUGUUGACAUCAAUUGAUUCUUUCGUUUUUAUGCUUA